GGCAGAGCCAGCCCCGUUCCGUCCCGUUCCGCCCCGUUCCGACCCGUUCCGUCCCGUUCCGCCCCGUUCCGCUCCGCGCCGGAGGAGCUUGCCCAGUUUCUCCUGGAGUUUAUGAAAACUGCCUGAAUUGAAAACAUCCCUGGGCAAGGAGCUUCACAGGCUCUGUUUUCCUGACACCAGCGAGAUGGCUGUUCUCUCAAAGGAGUAUGGCUACGUGAUGCUGACAGGGGCUGCCAGCUUCAUCAUGGUCAUGCACCUUGCAGUGAAAGUGGCCAAGGCCCGCAAGAAGUACAAUGUGGAGUAUCCAACCAUGUACAGCACAGACCCUGAACACGGGCAUAUAUUCAACUGCAUCCAGCGUGCACACCAGAACACAUUGGAAAUCUACCCCCCCUUCCUGUUCUUCUUAGCCACCAGUGGAUUCUACCACCCGCGUAUUGCCACAGGGCUUGGCAUCACCUGGAUCCUUGGGAGAAUCCUUUAUGCCUACGGCUACUACACUGGAGAUCCCAAAAAAAGGGCGAGAGGGGCCUUUGGUUCAGCUGCAGUGAUUGGGUUGAUGGGCACAAGUGUGUACUCAGCUUGCCAGCACCUGGGCUGGAUCUGCCAGGACUAACCUGCAUGAUCAUAGUGGCUGCCUGGGAAACAAGAAGGAUUCUUGUUGCAUUUUCUUUUCUUUUCUCCUCAUUCAAUAAAAUGAAGUUGUUCAUUCUGUAUUUUCA